GCAAUUUACACAACGGGAAACGAAAGGUUUCCUGCCAGCCGGCCGGUCUCUGCUCUCUCUAUAUAAAUCAAAAUACAGAGAGCGAUUACUCCUAUAUUGCUUCACCUCUCCUUCGCCGGCCUCUCUGCCGGAGGUGCUCGUCCCAGGAAAUGGAGUUGGAGCCAGAAGACACACUGCCCGUGCCUGCGCCACCAUGCGCUAGGGACUGGUCGGAGCUGCCUUUUGACGCGCUUGCUCUUAUCUUGGGCAAGCUCGGCGCCGUGGAGAUUCUCAUGGGCGCCGGCCUCGUGUGCCACUCCUGGCUCGACGCUGCCAAGCUGCCUCAUCUGUGGCGUGAGGUGGACAUCGGCCGUGGGCCGCGCGACCAGUCUCUGAUCCUCGAGAAGAGCAGUUCUGCCUGGUCUGCUAUGUUCGUUGGUAUGGCCAAGAUGGCUGUCGAUCGCUCUGACGGGAAGAUGGAGGUGUUCGUGGGAGAUGGGUUUGUUAAUGACGCGCUCCUCAGUUACAUCGCACAAAGGGCAACAUCUCUGAAGACUCUUUGCAUCAUCCGUACUUGGUUCGUAUCCAACGAAGGAUUUGCGGAGGCGAUAAAAAAGCUCCCUAUGCUAAUGGAGCUCGAGGUUUCAGUAUGUCUGCGGAUAAAUGGGAAUCGUGUGUUUGAUGUUGUUGGUAUAGCAUGCCCACAUCUGACACGGUUUAGAUAUAGCAAGUCCCGGUUCUACAUUAACGACGGCGUUAAUGACAGUGAGGAUGAGAAAGCCCGUGCGAUCGCAACCAUGCGCGAGCUACGCUCUCUUCAGCUCUAUGCAGUUCAUAUCACCAAUGAAGGACUGACGGCCAUUUUGGACAACUGCCACCAACUGGAAUCUCUCGACAUCCGCCAUUGCUUCGAAGUCGACAUGAAUGAUGCCCUGAGAGAAAAGUGUGCAAGGAUCAAGACACUCAGGCUUCCUGAAGAUUCAACCGACGACUAUGAGUUUGAGGUUCUGCCACCUUUCGUGGUUGGGUAAUAAAAUUGUUUUGGCGAUGUACUCCAGCAGUGGUUAAUAACUCUAUGGCUAGCCUGACUAUAUUUUGGGCUCAGAUAACUGUGACCAUCGCUGAUGGCUUGUAUGAGGCUGUGCUUGA